AAUAUCUUUGCUUCGCCCUUUCCGAUUUUAAGUACUUGAAAGCCCUUUUAGAUUUAAGUUGCCACGAUGCCGCUGGAGCACCACCACACGAAUCUUCAUCAAAACACCUUCCACCAGCAUAAGGAGAAAAAUGAUAAGUUUUCAACAGAUGACUUCAAGAAGGAUGAGAAGCAUCACAAACGCUUGGAGCAUCUCGGCAAGCUCGGGGCUAUGAUCGCCACUGCCUAUGCACUUCACGAGAAGCAUAAGUCAAAGAAAGAUCCGGAGCGUGCUCACAAAAAUAAGGUCAAAGAAGAGAUAGCCAUGACUGCAGCGGUUGCUAGUGCAGGUUUUGCCCUCCAUGAGCAUCACCACAUUAAGAAAGCAAAGAAGCAAGCUCAGAGGCAUCAUCAGCAUUAG